CCGUGCCGGAGGGGUCCCCGCUACAGGCGAGCGCUGGGGGGCGCGGGGCAGCGGGGCCGGAUCCAGCAGCAGCGCGGGGGCUGCAGCGCCGGGGGGGGCCGCUAGUACAGACCGGGACCCGCCCCCCCCGCUUUGUUCCCUCCGCUCCAGCCCCUGCGGCCCCCCCGGACACCCCCGCCCCCCGGCUCCACCCCCCUCCCCGCCCCCCCGCUCCGCACAGAGCCGCGCCCGGGGCCGCCGCAGCCGCAGCCGCAGCCGGAGCGCGGGCAGCAGCGGGGGGGACCCGGCUCCGCGCUCAGCAUGGUCACGCAGAUAAUCAGCACCAUGGAGACGCAGGCGUCCAAUGGCCCCGCGGGCACGGGAGCCACUGGUACUGGGCCCCCCCUGGCUGCCAACGGGGCCGAUGACUCCAAGACCAACCUCAUUGUCAACUACCUGCCCCAGAACAUGACGCAGGAGGAGUUCAAGAGCCUCUUCGGCAGCAUCGGCGACAUCGAGAGCUGCAAGCUCGUGCGCGACAAGAUCACUGGGCAGAGCCUCGGCUAUGGCUUUGUCAACUACGUGGACCCCAACGACGCCGACAAGGCCAUCAGCACCCUCAACGGGCUCAAGCUGCAGACUAAGACCAUCAAGGUGUCAUAUGCACGGCCCAGCUCAGCCUCUAUCCGCGAUGCCAACCUGUAUGUGAGUGGUCUGCCGCGCACCAUGGGCCAGAAGGAGAUGGAGCAGCUCUUCUCUCAGUACGGCCGCAUCAUCACCUCCCGCAUUCUGGUCGACCAGGUUACAGGAGUGUCGCGUGGUGUGGGCUUCAUCCGUUUUGACAAGCGUGUGGAGGCUGAGGAGGCCAUCAAGGGGCUGAAUGGGCAGAAGCCACUGGGCGCGGCUGAGCCUAUCACGGUCAAGUUUGCCAACAGCCCAAGCCAGAAGACGGGGCAGGCACUGCUCAGCCACCUCUACCAGGGCUCAGCCCGGCGCUACCCUGGGCCCCUGCACCACCAUGCCCAGCGCUUCCGGCUUGACAACCUGCUAAACAUGGCCUAUGGCGUCAAGAGUCCGCUGUCGCUGCUCUCUAGGUUCUCGCCAGUGGCGGUGGAGGGCGUGCCAGGGCUGGCGGGCGUGGGGCUGGCGGGCGCGGGCAGCGCCGGCUGGUGCAUCUUCGUAUACAACCUAGCACCUGAGGCAGACGAGAGCGUCCUGUGGCAGCUCUUCGGGCCCUUCGGCGCCGUCACCAACGUCAAGGUCAUCCGUGACUUCGCCACCAACAAGUGCAAGGGCUUCGGCUUCGUCACCAUGACCAACUAUGAGGAGGCCGCCAUGGCUAUCGCUGCCCUCAACGGCUACCGCCUGGGCGACCGCGUGCUGCAGGUCUCCUUCAAGACCAGCAAGCAGCACAAGGCCUGAGCCCCACUGUCCCCAUGACCCCGCUAGUAGGGAGUGGGGAACAGAGCAGUGCCCCCCACCCCCCCCAGCUCUUUGGAGAGGGCAAGGCAGCCUCCUCAUCCUGCUCUGGUUGGGAGGGUGGCACCCUCUGCUGCCUGGCUAUUUCCCUCUCCCAGGUUGGGGGGUCACCCCCUGCCCUAGCCUCUCCCCAACUGGGAGGUGGGGUGGGGGGUGUGGUGCCUCCUGCUAGCUGGAUAUUUCUCCCUGAAUGCCAGGGGAGGGGGGCAAUAAACUGGUGAUCCCUCCCCCAGCAGGGGUCUUUGAGAGAUGCCCACAGCCCCAUGUGUGGGAGGACAAACCAGUCCUUCUGGGCUGGAUGGCAGGAGGUAGUGCCCUCUGCAGGUACAAUAUUGCCCCCCCCCCAGGAAACGCCCCACCCCACCCCACCCAGGGCAGGAGACCCUGCCAUACCCAUCCCUACCACCCCAAACUGGUGGAAGUCUGCCCCCCCCCCCCGACCCUUGCUGUGGGGGCUCCACUGUUGCUGCCAUUUUGGGUGUGGAGGGGUUGGUUCAUGGAGAAACAGUGGGGUGGGAGGGGUGAGGGGGCAUGUGCUGCUGUUGUGUUACCAGUUGCUACGGGCAACAGUGGGACAGCUGUAGUAAUGCCCCCCCCCCCCCCAACCUUUGCCCCAGCCCGCCAAUGUGAGCAGGGACAUGCACAAAGCAUCUCUGGGAGGGGUGUCCCCCCCACCAGGCAGCCUCUCUCUGGUUCUUCCCCGCCUCUCCACGCCCCCCCCCCCCACUUGGUGUCCCAGGUGAGGGUAAUUGCCCCUCAAUGGCCAGAGGUGGAGGGGACUGCCACACCGGGGGUGGGGGGUGAGGGGGGCACAGGAAUGCCAAAACUGGAAUGUGUUGGGGGGCAGAGGGGACACCAGGCUUCAUCGGCCAGGCUACAAGGCUGGGGGGGAAGGGGUGGCAGCAGGUGCUUGCUUGUGUGUGUUUAGGGGAUGGGGCUAAGAUACACCCUUUUUGGUGUGUAAGUCCCACCCCCCGGCAAGCAGGCCACGUCCUCUACUCGCUAUUGUGCUCUGCCGGUGGCUGGUCCACCCCCCCCGAGGACGAUCUGCAUGCUUUCUACCUUCCACCCACAGCUCAACCCCAAGUUCAGGGCUGGGCUGGGUGGAGCCAGGGCGUGGCUCCGCCCCACCCAUUUUUCCAUCUCAGUUGCAAAACAGGGCAUAUCUUCUCCAUGCCCCAGGUACAUCGGCUCCACUGGGGCAGCAGGGGAGGGGUACUUCUGGUCCCUGAGUUUCAGGCCCUGAACUCCUUUGGGGUGGGGGGGGUGGGGCACCGCCUUCCAUUGCCCCCCCUCAUCAGCCUGCCCUAGAGCUAGUAGAGCUGGUCCUGGCCUCUGAACUGGGCCCAGCGCCCUCUGCUGGCCAUGCGGCAUGAACCCUUCCCCAGCCUCCUGACUGGCAUUGGGGGUCUUACCCCUUGCCCCAUGGCAAAGGGUGGUACUGGCCAAAAACUGGGGGUGGGGGGGUGAGGAGGUGGGAGAGAGAGAGGAAGGGACCCCUCCCUUUAAAAAAAUCAAGAGGGGUGAUUUUUGCCAAAGGGAGGGUAGAGCUUCCUCUCGCUCUCUCUCUCUCUCUCCCCUCCCUCAAUGCCACGUUGCAGCCGAACAAAUAAAGAUGACAAAAACUACUAACGAAACAAAUAAUAAUAAUAAAAAGGCUGAACACAGUUUUAAAAAAAUGUAAAAAAAAAAAAGGGACAAAAAAAAAAAAAAGGGAAAAAACCUCUAUUUUUAUAAAAAAGGAGAAAAAAAAAAAAAAACCCUCCCCUGCCCGCCUGCUGGGCUUUUUACUGGGAUUCUCGACAAAAACAGAAAAAAAAUCCACAAAAACAAACAAAAACAAAAAAAACAAAAAAACAACCCCCCCCCACCCCUUUAACCGAUGAGAGACUGCCCCUUUUUUCUGUUCAAGGCAGCUUGGCUGGCACUGGGGUCUGGGACUGGGGGCAAUACCCACAAACCUUGUCUGCCCCCUGCAGUGCUGGCUGCUUCUGGCGAGCGGAGGGGUGUGGGGCUGUGGGAGUUUGAUGGUGGAGCUAAUGAGAGGGAGAUGGAGUGGGGUUGUGGGAUGGACACACACUCACUCACUCACUCACUCACUCACUCACUCACUCUAAGGGGACACAUACUUAUCCAGAACCCAGGCAUCCAGGAGCCACACAUGGACACACACACCCAGAACCCAGGACACUCACACCCACACCCAGAGCUCACACACACGCACGCACGCAUGCCCCAGGCAUCUGGGCCCCCCCCCCCAAAGUAUCUGACACCCAUGGAACGCAGGCAUGCAGGACAUGGACAUGCAGAUUGACAUGCACACAUGCAGAGAACCCAUGUGUGCAAGACAUGCACAUACAUCCACCCAGAAGACAGGCGUAUAGAACGUGUGCACAUGCGCACACACACACACACACACACACACACACACAGACAUGCAGCCCACACACAUGGAACCCAGCUGUCCAAGACUCAUGCAGAACGCAGGAGUAUGGAACACAUGUGCAUACAGACCCCACCACAAGCCAGUAUGGGACACAUCUGUCCACAUGCACACAAGUACACAGUCUGAUGCAUGCACAUAGGCAUGAACGUGUACACACACUCAGCUCCCCCCAGGCAUCCAGGAACACAUAAACCAUAAAUACCUGCAUGCGUCCACAUACACACAACGCAUGCGUGCGCAGAACCCUGGCAUCUGAUACACACGCACACGGAACCCAGCUGUCUGGGACACGUGCACACACAAGGAACCUGGGUGUCCAACACACAUGCACAUGGAACCCAGGUGUCCAGGACCACCCCCACCCCAUGCACAUGCCCAAGCCCAAGCCCAUCUGCCCCCCACUCGGCUCCACCACUGCCUGCCCAAGCCGCUGUGUGUUUCUUUUUCCUUCUUUGCAUUUGCUGCCGUCUCCGUGGGUUUUGCCUUGAGUUGAUUCCGCCUUUGGUUUGCCGCCGUGUCUGUCCGUGGGAGCAGAGAUGCCCCUGUGCCCAGGGCCAGGAUGGGCCUGACCUGCCCCUCAAGCCCGUGCCAGGGAGAUGCCCCCCCAUGGAUGCCGCCAGCCGCUGUCACAAGGACACCGAGGCCUCUAGUUCCUCGCUAUCUUUGGCUUUUGUUUCCAAUUUCCCUUGGUUCCUGCCUUAGUUCUCAGGCUUCUCCUGAGUUUCUCGCCGUGUCGCUUCACUUGUGUUCGUGCCGUCGUGGGAGCUGCUGUUUGCGGGGAAAAAUGAGCAAGACCCCCCCCCCCAUGGACAAAAAACCCCAAAAAACACAAAAACAAAAAAAGGACAAACCCCCCCCCCCACUCCUCCCCACUCCAGGGGGCAAGAGCCAGCUGAGGCCUGGCCCCCGGAGGGCAUUGUGGUGGGGACGGAUGGGACCUUUUUUAGCUUCUUGUAGUUUUAACUUAUUGUUAACGUCAUUAUUUAUUCUCCUGCCGCGCGGAGCCGUGUGCGGCGCUGCCCCGGCGCCUUUGCAAGUUAAAAAGGAAACUAUUUUUUAAUUUGCU